AUGAGAUUAUUAUUAUUUGUUUUAUUAACAAUAGUAGUAUCUAUUGUUUCAUCAAAAGAACAAUUAUAUCAAAAGAUUAAAUCACCAUACCCAUAUUAUAGUGAAAAGAACAAGAAUAGAGAAUUUAAAGGUGUAGAAGAGAAUGAUCCAUCACCACCACCCUUUUCAGAAUACUAUUACAUUCAAAAACUAGAUCAUUUCAACUUUCAAACUCAACAAACCUUUCCACAACGUUAUCUAAUCUCUGAUACCUAUUGGAAUAAACCAUCAUCAAAUGAUUCUCAAUGUAAUGGUCCAAUCUUAUUUUAUACUGGUAAUGAAGGUGAUAUUGUUUGGUUUUAUCAAAAUUCACAAUUUAUAACAAAUGUAUUAGCACAAGAAUUGGGAGCAUUAUUAUUUUUUGCAGAACAUCGUUAUUAUGGUCAAACUUUACCAUUUGGUAAUGAAUCAACUGUACCUGAAAAUCUUCAAUAUUGUACAAGUGAACAAGCUUUAGCAGAUUAUGCAACAAUAAUACCUCAAGUAUUAGAAGAUUUAGGAGGAUUAAAUUGUCCAGUUAUAUCAGUUGGUGGUAGUUAUGGAGGUAUGUUGGCAAGUUGGAUGCGUAUGAAAUAUCCAAAUAUUGUUGAUGGUGCAUUGGCAGCAUCAGCACCGAUUCUCUAUUUCCUUGGCACUGGAGCCGAUCCAGAAGGAUUUAAUGAAAUUGCAACCAAUGAUUUUGCACAAACCUCGGCCGAUGGCAGCUGUGCCACUCGUAUUAGAGGAGCUUUUACAGAGAUUUCAGAGAUUGCCGAAAAGCCAAAUGGUGAUGAGCUGUUGAGCGAGAUGUUUUCAUUGUGCGGUGUACAAAGUGUCGAUGAUCUCGUCAAUUGGAUAGAGUCGGGUUUGACCUAUAUGGCCAUGGCCGAUUACCCCUACCCUGCUGCUUUCCUUGAACCAAUGCCAGGUUGGCCAAUCAAUGCUUCUUGUGCUGCCAUGGAACCUGUUCAAGAUGAUAUUCAAGCUCUACUCCAAGUCUUGCACAUCUAUUACAAUAGUUCGGGCCAAGCUGGUAGUUGUUACAAUGUAUCGGUUUUUACAACUGGUGCUCUUGGAUCCGAUGUUUGGGAUUACCAAGCUUGUACUGAAAUGGUUAUGCCCAUGUCAUCCAAUGGUGUACAAGACAUGUUCCCAGCAUCUUCGUUUGACCUCGACUCACUCAUCACAUCUUGUCAACAACAAUGGGGUGUCACACCAGACCCCUACUGGAUCACCAAUUACUAUGGUGGUAGUCAAAAUGUUCAAUCUAGCAACAUUGUCUUUAGUAAUGGUAUCUUGGAUCCUUGGAGAGCUGGUGGUGUCAUUGAAAAUGGUAAUGAAAUCUAUGCCGUCCUCAUCGAUGGUGGUGCUCAUCAUUUAGAUCUUCGUAUGCCAAGUCCUCAAGACCCACAAUCAGUCAUCAAUGCUCGUGCUUUAGAAACUCAAUUAAUUACUAAAUGGUCAAAUCAAGCUAGUAUCUUAAAAUCAAAAAAGAAUUAA